GAGUGCGUGAUUUUUAAAACAAAGCGCACCUUGGGGUGGAGGACGGACGCAGGACACCAACAAGCCAACGAUCCCACGUUUCAAAUUCGCGGACAUUUUAAGGAAAUAAUUACGCCCCCAGAUAUUAAAUUAAAAACAUUUGCAUAAUCCAACUUCAGCUUUACCUCCGCGUCUCUCUCUCUCUCUCUCUCUCUCUUCUUCCUCCAUUGUCUCUCUCUUAGGGUUUCAUAUCGAUCCGAGAGUCCGAUUCUCUUACUCGCACUCUAUCUCUCCCAUCUCGUCAACUCACGCCUUUAGAGAUAGUAUGGCAAUGGAGGUUACCCAGGUCCUCCUAAAUGCACAAUCAGUGGAUUCAACUGUACGAAAGCAUGCAGAAGAGUCAUUGAGGCAGUUUCAGGAGCAAAACCUUUCUGUAUUCUUAUUAUCUCUUUCUGGGGAACUUGCUGGUGAGGACAAACCAGUUGAUAGCCGUAAACUAGCUGGUUUGAUCCUUAAAAAUGCUUUGGAUGCUAAGGAACAACAUAGAAAAUAUGAGCUUGUCCAAAGAUGGUUGGCAUUAGAUGUGGGUGUGAAAACCCAGAUAAAAACAUGCUUAUUACAGAUACUUUCUUCACCUGUGCCUGAUGCUCGCUCUACUGCUUCACAAGUCAUUGCAAAAAUUGCAGCCAUUGAGUUGCCGCAGAAGCAGUGGCCUGAACUGAUAGGUUCACUUCUGUCAAAUAUUCACCAGGUCCCCGCUCAUGUGAAGCAAGCCACUUUGGAAACUCUAGGAUAUUUAUGUGAAGAAGUUUCUCCAGAUGUGGUAGACCAAGAUCAAGUGAAUAAAAUACUGACAGCAGUUAUCCAAGGUAUGAGUGGAAAUGAGGGGAAUAAUGAUGUCAGGCUUGCAGCUACCAGAGCAUUGUAUAAUGCUCUUGGAUUUGCUCAAGCAAAUUUUUCCAAUGAUAUGGAGCGUGAUUACAUCAUGAGAGUUGUGUGUGAAGCUACUUUGUCUCCUGAUGUCAAAAUCCGACAGGCUGCUUUUGAAUGUCUGGUCUCGAUUUCGUCUACGUACUAUGAGAAGUUAGCUCCAUACAUCCAGGAUAUUUUCAAUAUCACGGCCAAGGCUGUUAGGGAAGAUGAGGAGCCCGUUGCUCUUCAAGCUAUUGAACUCUGGAGCUCAAUAUGUGACGAGGAGAUAGAUAUUUUGGAAGAAUAUGGGGGUGAUUUUACUGCAGACUCAGAUGUCCCAUGCUAUUAUUUCAUCAAGCAGGCUCUCCCUGCUCUUGUACCUAUGCUGCUAGAGACACUUUUAAAGCAAGAAGAAGAUCAGGAUCUGGAUGAGGGUGCUUGGAAUCUUGCUAUGGCUGGUGGUACGUGCCUUGGUUUGGUUGCUCGCACUGUUGGUGAUGAUAUUGUCCCAUUAGUCAUGCCUUUUAUAGAAGAAAACAUAACAAAGUCAGAGUGGAGGCAGAGAGAGGCUGCCACGUAUGCCUUUGGUUCCAUACUGGAGGGUCCAUCGCCUGAUAAGUUGACGUCCAUUGUCAAUGUUGCUCUAAAUUUCAUGCUCACUGCUCUCACAAAUGACCCUAAUAGUCAUGUUAAGGAUACGACGGCGUGGACACUUGGUCGAAUAUUUGAAUUUCUUCAUGGUUCAACUGUAGAGACUCCAAUCAUUACCCCUGCAAAUUGUCCGCAGAUUAUCCGCGUUCUGCUUCAGAGCAUGAAUGAUGCUCCGAAUGUUGCUGAGAAGGCCUGUGGUGCUCUAUAUUUUCUUGCGCAGGGUUACGAGGAUAUUGGGUCCGCAUCUCCCAUAACUCCUUAUUUCCAGGAAAUUGUCAAAUCCCUCCUUAGUGUCACUGACAGAGAAGAUGCUGGGGAAUCACGACUGAGGACUGCUGCUUAUGAGACAUUGAACGAAGUGGUGAGGUGUUCGACAGAUGAAACAGCUGCAAUGGUGUUGCAGUUAGUUCCUAUCAUCAUGACAAAGCUUCACCAGACUCUGGAAGCAGAGAAGCUUUCUUCUGAUGAGAGAGAGAAGCAGAAUGAGUUGCAGGGCCUUCUUUGUGGGUGCUUACAGGUCAUUACUCAGAAACUUGGUGCAUCUGAGCCUACUCAGUAUGCAUUCAUGCAGUUUGCAGAUCAGAUCAUGAAUCUUUUCCUUCGGGUUUUUGCUUGUAGAAGUGCAACUGUGCAUGAGGAAGCCAUGCUUGCCAUUGGAGCUGUUGCCCAUGCAACUGGCCCAGAUUUUGCUAAGUACAUGCCUGAACUUUAUAAAUAUUUGGAAAUGGGUCUUCAGAAUUUUGAGGAGUAUCAGGUCUGUGCUGUUACAGUUGGUGUUGUGGGUGAUAUAUGCAGGGCAUUGGAGGACACAGUCCUGCCUUACUGUGAUGGAAUAAUGACCCAGCUCCUGAAAGACCUCUCGAGCAAUCAGUUACACCGAUCUGUGAAGCCUCCUAUCUUCUCAUGCUUUGGUGACAUAGCUCUAGCUAUUGGCGAGAAUUUUGAAAAGUACUUGAUGUAUGCCAUGCCUAUGCUCCAGAGUGCAGCCGAAUUGUCUGCCCACACAUCAGGCGCUGAUGACGAAAUGAUUGAGUAUACCAAUCUGUUGAGGAAUGGAAUCUUAGAGGCAUACUCAGGGAUAUUUCAGGGAUUUAAGAACUCUCCUAAAACUCAGCUGUUGAUUCCUUAUGCACCUCACAUAUUGCAAUUUCUGGAUAGCAUUUACAUGGAGAAAGACAUGGAUGAUGUUGUGAUGAAAACUGCUAUUGGGGUGCUUGGGGAUUUGGCGGAUACACUGGGAAGUAAUGCAGGUUCUUUGAUUCAGCUAUCACUCUCAUGCAAGGAAUUUUUAAAUGAGUGUCUGUCCUCGGAUGACCAUUUGAUUAAAGAAUCAGCUGAGUGGGCCAAGAUGGCUAUCAGUCGUGCCAUUUCUGUUUGAGGCUGUGGCCCGGUACAUAUGUUUUUCUUCCGCUAUUGGAAGUGCCUGCAUGCAUUUGUUGUGUUGAGUCGGGGUCCAUGAUUGCAUUCAACAUGUUGGGUCAUUGGUAUCUACUGACAGGAGUUAACUCAUCUUCAUGUUGUUACUAACUCAUGCAUCAGCACCACAGGGUCGGGUUCUUUGGUUUUGCCAUGGAAGGAGUGUCUGAUGAUGGUUCCUCAGAACUGGCUGAAGGUCCUUCUGGAGAUGUAUAACGUUGUUUUUGCUGGAGAUUGAGGUUGGACAGAAAUGUUACUAUGAGCUGCGAAAUGGACAUUUAACGUUAGCUGGUUAUUGAUUGUUCAUUGGGCUAUUUCGUGCUCUACUUGACAUGAUUGCCUACCACCCUGGUGCUGCUUUUGUCUUGAAGUCUUGGGGGUGUUGGCAUUUUCAAGCGCAAAUUUUGGUUCGUGAUACUUUCAAGCCGCUAGACCUGCAGCUUCAUUUAUCCUCCAUUAUUUUACUUUUUUUUUUUGAAAAUAAUUUUAUAUUGCUGGUGUCUGCCCACAUUUUGCAUUGGUCUGAGUCCGCCCUUUUUUGUCUCUCAUAUUCAGAAUGCGUACUGUGUCAUUUUUUUUUUCUUUUCACAAAAUAUACAUUUUUGGGUACUUCAUCGAUCAGGGUCACAGGGAUGGUAUUCCGUCGUGGUUUCAGUGCGCAUCAAUUGCUUUGUCAUGUUGCAUUUUUUCGGUAUGUCAACAUUAGUAGUUAGUGCGUUGAAGAGUAAAAAAUUACAUGCAUCCGUGAAAUCUUGGUGCUUCUUUUUCCUUUUCAGAUUUUAGGUUUUGAGAGUGGUUUUGGAUGUAAAAUGGUGUUUAAUUCUCUUAUCUCUCGAGAAUUGGAUUCCCAAAGAUUAGCAAAUUGUAUCAAUUAUAGAAGUUCUUGAAUUAGGACUGUACAUCUGCUUAUGAUCAGACGGAGGCAAGGCUUGGCGUUGUCGCCUUGUAUUAUCAUUUUUCUCGCCUUGCCAGUAGCCUCUUUCAUGGCUCGUAUCCUUUUUGUACCGUCUAUAUUUGAUUGUAAAAUUUUUGUUGGAGAAGUAUAAUGGCAUUUUUUCA